AUGUCUGAGACUCCUGCUCAGUGUAGCAUUAAGCAAGAGCGAAUUUCAUACACACCUCCCGAGAGCCCGGUGCCCAGCUACGCCUCCUCGACUCCACUUCAUGUUCCAGUGCCCAGAGCGCUCAGGAUGGAGGAAGACUCGAUCCGCCUGCCCGCGCACCUGCGCUUGCAGCCAGUUUACUGGAGCAGGGAUGACGUAGCCCAGUGGCUCAAGUGGGCUGAAAAUGAGUUUUCUUUAAGGCCAAUUGACAGCAACACGUUUGAAAUGAAUGGCAAAGCUCUCCUGCUGCUGACCAAAGAGGACUUUCGCUAUCGAUCUCCUCAUUCAGGUGAUGUGCUCUAUGAACUCCUUCAGCAUAUUCUGAAGCAGAGGAAACCUCGGAUCCUUUUUUCACCUUUCUUCCACCCCGGAAACUCGAUCCACACCCAGCCGGAAGUCAUACUGCACCAGAACCACGAGGAAGAUAACUGUGUCCAGAGGACCCCGAGGCCUUCUGUGGAGAACGUGCACCACAACCCUCCCACCAUUGAACUGUUGCACCGCUCUCGGUCACCCAUCACAACCAAUCACCGGCCGUCUCCCGACCCAGAGCAGCGGCCCCUCCGCUCCCCCCUGGACAACAUGAUCCGCCGCCUCUCCCCGGCCGAGAGGGCCCAGGGACCAAGGCUCCACCAGGAAAACAACCACCAGGAGUCCUACCCCCUGUCGGUGUCUCCCCUGGAGAAUAAUCACUGCCCGCCGUCCUCCGAGUCCCACCAGAAGCCGUCCAGCCCCCGGCAGGAGAGCACACGCGUGAUCCAGCUGAUGCCCAGCCCCAUCAUGCACCCUUUGAUCUUGAACCCCCGGCACUCCGUGGAUUUCAAACAGUCCAGGCUCUCCGAGGACGGGCUGCACAGGGAGGGGAAACCCAUCAACCUGUCGCAUCGGGAAGACCUGUACAUGAACCACAUCAUGGUCUCCGUCUCUCCGCCCGAGGAGCACGCCAUGCCCAUCGGGAGGAUAGCAGACUGUAGACUGCUUUGGGAUUACGUCUAUCAGUUGCUUUCUGACACCCGGUACGAAAACUUCAUCCGAUGGGAGGACAAAGAAUCCAAAAUAUUCCGGAUAGUGGAUCCCAACGGCCUGGCUCGACUGUGGGGAAACCAUAAGAACAGAACAAACAUGACCUAUGAGAAAAUGUCCAGAGCCCUGCGCCACUACUACAAACUAAACAUCAUCAGGAAGGAGCCCGGACAAAGGCUUUUGUUCAGGUUCAUGAAAACCCCGGAUGAAAUCAUGAGUGGCCGGACAGACCGUCUGGAGCACCUCGAGUCCCAGGAGCUGGAUGAACAAAUAUACCAAGAAGAUGAAUGCUGA